AUGCGAACAGUAUCAGCACUUGCUUCGCCUGUGCGAAGAACGGUACCAUUUACGGCACGCCAAAGUACACGGAGAUGCUUCUCGAGCUCCCAGAACUGGCAGGCUACGUGGGGGUUUAUUGGCCUCGGACGGAUGGGAUACCCUAUGGCAAAAAACCUCAGAGCUAAGAUACCAGCUGAGGACACGCUGUUUGUACAUGAUGUCAACACCGCAGCCACCAAGCAAUUCCUCGAUGAGCAUCCCCAGGGUGUCAAGGUUGCCAAAAACGUUCGAGAAGUUGCCGAGAAUGCUGAAACAAUAAUCACGUCGUUGCCGGAGCCUAAGCAUGUCAAGGCUGUUUUCAAAGAGAUGCUAGAGCCUCCAACGCUUCUCACAGAUGGGGUAGUCAAGAAGGAGCGCUUCUUCAUUGAUUGCUCGACUAUUGACCCUAUGACAUCGGGUGAAGUAGCGCAAGCUGCUCACUCUACUGGCCAAGGCAAGUUUGUGGAUGCACCCAUGUCGGGUGGUGUUGUUGGUGCACAGGCAGGCACGCUCACUUUUAUGAUUGGUGCACCACCAGAGGCUGUUGAGGGUGCGACCAAGGUACUGUCAUUGAUGGGCCGAAGAGUGGUUCACCUCGGCGGGCCAGGAGCAGGCCUCAAAGGCAAGCUGGCAAACAACUACCUUCUUGCGCUCAACAAUAUUGCAACUGCGGAAGCCAUGAGUAUGGGCGUCAAAUGGGGCCUUGACCCCAAGGCUCUAGCGGGCAUGAUCAACACGGCAACGGGCAAGUGCUGGCCAAGCGAAGUCAACAACCCUGUCCCUGGUGUCAUUGAAGGCUCGCCUGCUAGUAGAGGGUACGAGGGGGGGUUUGGAAUAGCUCUCGCCAACAAGGACCUGAAGCUUGCGCUCAAAGCAGCAGCCGAGGCCGACGUCAAGCUUGCCUUGGGUGAGCCAGCACGAGCCCUGUACGAUGCUGUAGAGCAGGCGGAAAACUGCAAAGGGAAGGACUUUUCGGUUGUCUACCGGUACUUAGGUGGUAAAGAGUAG